UUUCAGAUCAUCAAUGCGUUUCAAAAUGGCUUUAAAAACAAAAAAUGCAUGCAUAAACAAAAUGGUAAACUCUUCGUUUCUCAAUCACGUUGACGAGGGCAUUCUGUCCUUCCUGCUGUGCUCAUUCUGCAUUUACCGCAUCAUCAUGAACAAGAAUGGUUCGUUCCUGAGAAAGACCGGCAUUUCGUUCUUCAUGCUGAGCGUGUGCUCGCUGUGCAUCUACAUGUUCCUGCUCAUCUUCCUCGGCACGCAGAUGGCCGUGUCACGCCAGGAGAUCGAAACAAUCGGAUACCUGGACGGCGAGUACCUGUACAAGAUCGGUAACAAGAUGGUAAACAUCGUACAGCUCGUGAACGUGAGCUACUCGCUGCAGCACAUCUUUCGUACAUCCGCGAUUUACAUGCUGAUCGGCCUGUGGAUGCCGUGUGUGAGCGCAUACGCGCUCAAGAGGCGCUCAAAGCUUAAGGACCACUUUUCUCUGCUGUUCCUCGAGGAAAACCGCAAACACCAGAUGAAGAAGUUCAGGCGCACCAUCACACACGAGUCCAUCAUCACGCUCUCCAUCAUCUACGGCUUUGUGCGCAUUCCCUUCGCAUUUUUCAUCGAUUUCUACCACCAGGACAAGGCGCGUGCCAGUGUGUUUUUCCGCUCGAUCUUCUACGGCUUCGAGAACUACCUGUGUGCAUUUUUCCUGCUCAUCCUGCAGAUAAAGUUCUUCAGCACCACCGAAUUCGAUGGCGAAGACUCUCGCAGCACCGAGAACCUGAACAUUCUUGUGUUUGCUCUGCUCACUAACACGUUCCUCAAGUACACUCUGCACAUCCUAUCCGUGCCAUUCUCGAUCAGUGAUAUGUCUGACUAUGUGCUGCAGAAAUGCGAAUGCAUUUCUCUUAUAAUCGUGUACCUGGUCAUGAGCACGCUCCUGUGCCCCUUGGGCACGCAGGUCCUGGAGAAUGAGAGUGGAGAAAACAUCACAGACUGGAAGGAGGAGGAGCGCAUGGAAGAGAUAAACUAUGCAAAAGGAACGGGCCUGAUUGAGUUCAAGCGGAAAAAAGAGGAGACGCAUGAGAAAUAAGCGGGAAUAAUAAAAAGGUUUUAGAUGAAGA